AUGGAGGACGGGCGGGACGUCGCCGCCUUUCUUGCAGCGCUGCCGAGCGAGACGCUAUCGCCCGAGCUCAUUGCACUGCGCGACCUCGACGCUGUUGUCGACCUCGCGUACCACUGGCCGGUCGUGCAUGUGACCCAGAUCCCGGUCCAGUAUGCCCGCCUCGGUAUGGCUGCACUGCCAACGUUCAAGCGUGUCUACGUGGAUGCUGGCUUUACCGCCCUCGAUUGGCUCGACGCCAAGCUGCCGCCCAAGAUGCCCGUGACACUUGUCAUCGACCAGGCCGUGUCUGGCGCGGCGAGCGCCUUUGCGUACGUCUGGGGCAACCGCAUCACGAGUGUCAUCGCCAAGGGCCACGAGGUACACCCGGACCCGAUUCCCGACCUCCUCGGACGCUGCGUCAACGUCCAGUCGGUCAAGAUCGCGCACGCUACAAUGCCCGUCGAUGCUGCGGCGUACGUGGCCGCGAUUCCACUGCAAUACUUGCAUACACUCGACGUUCAUGUCACGGCGUCGGGUGCGCUGGACACGUCAGGUCUCGUGGCCUGGCUACACGGACCCAACGCGACGUCACUCACGCUCUCGUGUGACUCGGUGAGCAACCCGACGUCGCUGGUGGCUGCGAUCGAAGCGUGCGCGACGCUGUCGUACUUGGACCUCGAUGACGCUAGCAACGUGCAAGACGCCUUGUCGACGUCACCCUUUGUCUUGGAGCACGUUGGUGUGCUUACCCAGAGCCAAUGGAGCGAUACGUACGCCGACAUCCUCACCAAGCUACGGCCAGGACACGUGCGCUCUUUUCUGUUCGAGAAGAAGCUCGGGGAUCGGCUCGUGCUACCCCACGUCGUCGACGCGCUCGGCGAGUGUCCUCAACUCGAGGUAGUUGGCUUUAUCCGCGUGCACAUCCCGCGGAUCUCGACGUUUGAGGACCCGAGAGACGUGCUGACGAUCGUGCGCUGGCUCUCAACGUCGCGUCAUCUCGCGUCGGUUGAUUUGGAUGGCACGGUGCUCGGCAGAGAAGGCGCCUUGGAGUUAGCGCGCACGCUGCCGGCGUGGAUGCUGCGUGGCCUCGAAACGCUGCAGCUGAGGGGGACGGGGCUCAAUGACGAGGAUGCGGUCGUCCUUGCGAUUGCGCUGGCCUCGGGCACGAACCGACGACCGCUGACGAUCGACUUGACCGGAAACGAACUGACAAUCGCGUCAGCGCCCGUGCUGCUGACGAUGCUGGGCGCAAGUCGAAAUGUCACGUUGCGUUUGGACGGGCCGUUCGUGUUGACGGGACAAGACGUCCUUUGCGACCUUGUGCGCGUGCACAGCCUUGACCACUCGGUGCCAGGCCGGUUCUCAUCGCCAUCGCACGUGUCGUCACUGUGGCAUUCGAUCUAG